UGAUAAUUGUCGCAUUUGCACAUUUUUUUUAUUUUUGUUAAUAUCUACAGAAUUAGAAAAAUAGCUCCAAAACAAAUUGUCAGGUGCUGAUCAGGGUUGACAACUAGUCGUCAACCCUAAAUAAUCAAAGCUUUUAAGUAUGCCAUUUUAAAAGAUAUGAAUAAUACUGGAUAUAAAGCAUUGCGUGUUACACAGCUAGAUGCAGAUUAUCUAACUAAUCAAGCUUUUCGUAUUAUCAAACGUGAAAUAAAAGGAUCUCUUUUAAAUAAGCCAUUUACUAGAUUGCUCCAUUAUGAACAAGAGAUAGAUGUUUUAUUACAGUUCAUUAUAUGGAAAUAUUCGUUGCAGAAAUCAGAUUCUACUGUUGGACAGUUAUAUUUCAAAAUGAAGUACGUUUCACCUAAUGGUAUAUCAGAGAGGCAAAAAUUGUUUUAUUUUUUUCUCAAUUCAACCAGAUACUGGAUUGUUAACAGACAAUUUGAUAUUCUUCAUGUUUUUGAAAAAUUAUUUAAAAAUCCUCAUAUUACACUAAUUGUUUCAAAACUUGGAACACUCUUCCAACUUGCUGAAUUCGUUAAUUAUGUGUUAUUUAUUAAAAAUGGAGAGUAUUUAAACUUACUUGAUAGAUUGUUCAACUGGAAAACGGUACGGCUGGAUAAACCAUCUCCACGAUAUAUAGAUUACACAUAUAUGCGAAAAGAAUUGCUUUGGUCCAAAAUUACUGAAACAAUUUUCUGUGUGCUACCUUUCAUCAAUUUUCCGAAACUUUAUAAUUUUUUUAUGUUAAUUAUUAAAUAUUUUGGUUUUGUAAAUUCAUUAACAGAUAAUUUAGAGCUAAACUGUAACAUUUGUGGUGAAAAACCUACUAACCCUCAAGUAAGUAAUUGUGACCAUUUGUUUUGUUGGUACUGCAUAAAAGGAAAUCUUUUAGCAGAUAAUUCUUAUAGAUGUCCAACUUGUGGCAAAAACAUUUUAUCUAUUGAACAGUUUGUUUUUGAACCAAAAAUAUAGUUUGUUAUAUUAAGUAUUGAAAGACUGAUGGUUGCAAUGGAGACAAAGCAUGGGCACUACAAGAUUUUGAUCUUUUUAGAACAUUCUAAUAAGUAUUAAAAAAAAAUUAUUAGGCAUUUAUAAAUAUUUUUAUGUAUAAAUUUCGUAGUUAAUAAUUUAUAGAAUUUUUUAGAGUUUA